AUUUUGUCUAGAAGGGUGAUCUAGUAGAUCACAGAAAUUACAGUUUCGGUACAGAAGCUACAGUUUCGGUUUUUUGCGAGCAAAAGCUUUGAUCCUUGUUAUUGUUUUUUCUGAACUCGAACUUGAACCUUGUUGGUUGUCAUUGUGUGAUGAACAUCAUCACUCUUUUUGCGAUGCAGGAGUUUAAGUUCGGACAUAGACUGGGCCAUGAUGUUGAUUAAUAUUGUAGUAGGGCUCGAUAAUACGACGGUUUAAGCUACAGUACAGAGCCACCGGCUUCAAUCAUCCGAAUCCUCCAGAGAGCGUCACGCAGCCUGAUGGCAUAUUGAGAGAAGCACUUCUAGCUGUGACGUAUCUCUCAUCUCUUGUGGGAGAUUGUAUCUAAAAUGAUGUGAAUGUGGACUCUAUCCAUGAGGCAACGAGUUGUGAGUUCUAAUGACGAGUAUAGAAACAACAAAGAGACCGCUACUAAUGAACUAACUUUUGGCACUUUUUAUCGACCCUGAUGCUUGCUCAUGACUCCUACUUUGGCCUUGGUUGUAACACGGUGUUCAGAGUUGAUGAUGAGAUACACAACUGACUCGUUGAUGAUAAAUGAGGUAUGACGAGUAGAGAGCGACGAGUUGAUCAAUCUGAUGAUAACUAUCGCAUGACGAGAAGAGUGUUUCUUCCUUCCCAAGCUGUUGCGACUAUGACUCUGACGUUAGUCUCCAUAUCAUAACGUCAUAGUGUUCUUGACAGCUGAUUCGACCAUUCUUUUGACGUUAAUGUGAUGGGUAUAUUGUUGAAUACGCGUAAGCCUCUCGUUGAUCUUGAUUCGUAUUCUUCCUUAAAUCGAUGCUACUCGUCCAUGGCCUACUCGUACUCCCAGAACUGAAAACCGUCCUUGUCCCAAACCAAAACCUCCACAGUGAAUGCAUCGAACAUUUUUCCCGUUUCCCACCGAAGAAAAACUGACUUGACUUUCAUUAGCUGCCACAAAUAUAGGCUCUAUUUGGUAUAGGGCUCAUCAUCUAUCAGACUCACUCGCAUAUCCGUUGUAUCGUUCACAGAUAAAAAGAAGAAGCGUUUUUUUGUCUAAGCAAGAACAAAUACUUCGACUUCAAAAAUUGUCGAUUGAGUUUCUUUGGUACGCAAGUUGAAGAACCAAAGAACGAUCAGCAAAAUGUCCUCUCUGGCGCUCAUUUUAUGGCCGCCUAAAACGCAUCCGUCUCCUGCGUCAUCCUUGGUUCGUUCUUUGCUACUUAGAAUAGAAAAGGGACUUCUACUAGAAAAUUGGGAGUGAUGUUCUAAUCAUAGAAAAAGUAGAAGCCUCUAUCAAAGAAGAGAAGCUUUUCCGAGAUGGAGAAGCAUUUUUACUAGAAAAAAAAGGCCAAGGACGACAUGGGUUAGAGAUGCCAACGCCCUAACGCUAAUCAUCUGGAUGAAAAAGAAGGCCAUGGUAGUUACCAUUGCUGCAGCCCUGACCUUUUUUUAUGGUCAGCUUUUUUCCAUCAUUCUCGGUAUCUUGGUCCCCUUUUCCCCUGUAUUCUCGUAAAAUACAAGGUAAAAGGGGUCAAGAUGAGGGGGCCGAGAUGCAAUCUAGUAGACUCUAACUUUUGUGCGUGGCGACGGGAGUUUCGGCGGAAGAGGUUGCUGAGGCCUUUUUCCUGGCCGUGAAGCCGAAAGAGAAUCGCAACUUGAGGGGUGCGAAGGA